UGUCCGCAUCGCCCAUUUAAAAAGCCACGUCGGCAAGAGAACCCGACGGUUAAGGCGUUAGUUAUUUAAUUAAUCCAUUUAAGAAACCGGCCAACCACCGGCUACCAAUAAAUCCACCCGGUCCAACUAGACAUUCUGUUUCUUGGUCAAGGGUCCAAUAAGACAAAACCAAAUCGACCGCCGAGCAUUUCCCUCCCAAAAUCUUCUGCCACCACCGCGCCACCGCCACUUGUCGGAAGCAGAGGGAGCCAGAGCCAGCUGCCCAGCCAGGCCGAAAUUGGGAGAGCCGAUCAAAGGCGGGAAACACAACUCCAACCAAUAAUUGCCGCCCUUUCGCCACUCUGUCAUAUUCUCUCUCUCUCUCUCUCUCUCCAUUGUUGUUCGAGAAGGAGGGGAGGGAACGCGGAAUUCGAUCGCGAGGGGAAUUUUCGAAACCCUAGCUAUGAAUACGGGAAGAUCGCUCUUCUGAACGGAGGAAGCGAGGAAUCAAGAUUGGCGGCACCGAUUUCUUGAGGAGGGAGGAGGGAAAUUUCGAGGAGGAAGGAGGGAAAUGGAGGCGGCUGGGAUAACGGAGACGGAGGUGACGGUGAGGAAUGUUGGGAGCGUGGGAUCGGAGAAGGAGCUGUUUGAUAGCAACGGAAGCGGGAGCAGCGGGAGGCGAGUGGGUGAAGAUAGGGAGAAAGGAGGAGCGUUUGAGUAUUUCGGCUGGGUUUAUCAUUUGGGGACGAAUUCGAUUGGGCACGAGUACUGCCAUUUGCGAUUCCUGUUCAUCAGAGGGAAGUAUGUGGAGAUGUACAAGCGUGAUCCUAACGAGAAUCCCGGCAUUAAGCCCAUUCGAAGGGGUGUAGUAGGGCCAACCCUAAUGGUCGAGGAGCUAGGGCGUCGGAAGGUCAAUCAAGGGGAUGUUUAUGUCAUACGCUUCUACAGCCGACUGGAUGAGACAAAGAAAGGAGAAAUUGCUUGUGCUACAGCUGGAGAAGCUCGAAAAUGGAUGGAGGCGUUUGAUCAUGCAAAGCAACAGGCUGAAAUUGAGCUUUCAACUGGUCGGAGUUCAAGAAGCAGGCUAAGUAUUGAAAACGAAAUCAAUCUAGAAGGUCAUCGACCCAAAAUGAGGCGUUAUGCACAUGGAUUAAAAAGGCUUAUCAGGAUAGGGCAAGGUCCGGAAACAUUGUUGCGGCAGGCCUCAAAUUUGGUUGGUAAUGUCAAGUCAGAUGGAUUUUUUGAAGCUGAGAGUGAAGAUGUUAUUGAAGUAUACCAGUGGAGAUGUGUUCGAACAGUAAAUGGCGUUCGAAUUUUUGAGGAUGUGUCUAAUCCCAAGAGUGAUAAAGGUACUCUCGUGAAAGCGGUUGGGGUUGUUGAUGCAAGUGCUGAUACUGUUUUUGAUGUAUUCCUAAACAUUGAUCAACAACAAAGAUAUGAAUGGGACUCAUUGACAGGGGACUUGGAGCUUUUAGAUACCUAUGAUGGACACUAUGAUGUUCUUUAUGGCACGUACGAUCCAAAAUAUCUUACACGGUGGAAAUCCAACAGAGAUUUUGUUUUCUCUAGGCAGUGGUUUCGUGGGCAAGAUGGGACAUACACAAUCCUGCAAUUUCCUGCUGUACAUAAGAAGCGACCGCCACGAUCUGGAUAUCGACGGACAAAGAUAAACCCUUCAACUUGGGAGAUAAGAAAUCUGAGUGCACAAAUGGGUUCUAACACAGCAAGAUGUCUCAUUAGCCAAAUGUUAGAGAUAAAUCAAGCUGGCUGGUGCAAAUGGAAACAGAACAGCUGUGCCAAGUUUGAAAAAACUAUUUCUUAUGCCUUGUUGAGUCAGGUGGCAGGUUUGAAAGAAUAUAUAGGAGCAAGUCCUGCUUUGAGAGUGGAAUCUUCUACAACGGUAGUUCGUUCAAAAUUUACUGAUGCCUCCAUGAGCCCCAUUGACUAUGAUGAUGCAGAAGUCAAUGAUGAGUUUUAUGACGCAAUUGCUGGGGAAUCAUCGUCAUCCUCAGAUGAAGAGGAGGGUGGUAGCAAAAAAUCAAACUCGAAGAAGGAUGGGAGGGUGAAACUGAAAAAUGUUUCAUGGGCUAUUGCAAGCUUAGCUUUGAAGAGAAAUGCAGCUCCAGGUACAGAGGAAACUUUAGAUCCUAAUGUACCUCCGAUCAUUAUCGAACCAAGUGAAUUCAGUGGUUCUCUUCACAAAGGGAAGGAUGAAAAAGAUUCCAACUGUUGGACUUCUCCAAAUGGAUCAGGAUUUAAGAUCAGAGGGAAGACUUAUCUCAAAGAUAAUUCUAAGGUGGUGGGUGGAGAUCCCCUUCUCCAGUUAGUAGCAGUUGAUUGGUUAAAAGUUGAUAGAGCCGCAGAUGGGGUUGCAUUGCAUCCCAAAUGUUUAUUGCAGACAGCAGCUGGGAAGAAGCUUCCUUUUGUUCUGGUCAUUAAUCUGCAGAUUCCAGCAAAACCCAACUACAGUUUGGUACUCUACUAUGCUGCAGAUAGGCCAGUGAACAAGGAAUCCUUGUUGGGGAAGUUUAUUGACGGGACAGAUAUGUUUAGAGAUUCGAGAUUCAAGUUGAUUCCCAGUAUCAUUGAGGGUUAUUGGAUGGUGAAACGUGCUGUUGGAACAAAAGCUUGCCUAUUGGGCAAAGCUGUAACAUGCAAGUACCUCAGACAAGACAAUUUUCUUGAGAUCGAUGUGGAUAUUGGGUCAUCAUCGGUUGCAAGAAGUGUCAUUGGUCUUGUUCUCGGAUAUGUUACAAGCUUAGUUGUUGAUCUUGCCAUUCUCGUUGAGGGGAAGGAAGAGGCCGAGCUGCCAGAGUUCCUCCUAGGUACCGUGAGGCUGAACAAACUGAAGCCUGAAACUGCCGAGCCUUUGGAGGUUUGAUGUUUUCAAUCUGUCAUCAACCCCUUUGAUUGUUUAGUUUGUACAGCCUGCCUAGUUAAGAGCUCACUUUCCCAAAUGUGUUGUACCUUCUUGUGUACCGGGGGAAAAAAUUGACAUCUAAUCUUCAGGAAAAAAUCAAUCAAUUCAUGAGCAACAUAUGCAUAUAGCAUUCCUUGUUACUAAGAAUCUCGUAGACAGAAAAACACAACUGCAAGUAACCAAAUGUCAUUGCAUAGAGCCGGUUACUAGACCAACCUGGGUUCUUAUUUCAGCUGAUCAUGUAUUCUCAAUGAGUACUCUGUUUUUGUUUUUUCAAUUAGUAUUGAACAACAUGCCCAUUGGUUGCAGAGGGAGAUUAUUUUGUGGAAACCAGCUCCAAUUAUGUCUUAAACUUUCUUGAUUGAAACUACAUGUCCAUGCAAAAAAGUAUUCUGCUUUAUUGCUUUGAUUCACAAUCUACUGUGUCCUUGGCCAGCCCUUUGGCUUGCCAUUUAAGAAAGAAAGGUGGAGAUAGUGGGAUAGAAAAGGGG